AUAACAUUUCUCAGAAAUUUGAAGAUAGGUAAUUAAGAAUCUUUAAUAUGUUUUGUAAUUUUCAAGAUUGUUUUGAUAAGCGUUAAAUUAUUCAUAUAUGCACUCAUAAAAAUCAAAAGUUCAUAGAGAACCGACUUAUAAAUUUUUGAAAAUGUUAUGCAAAUGGAAAGUGGCAGAUUGUUCUAAUAGUUUAUGGAUUUGCAUAUCACUUUAUUAUUUCAUUUUAACGCUGAAUCAACAUUUUGUAUUAGUUUGCAGUUCAUCUUUGAAAAAAGUUGCGGUGGUUACAGGUGGCAAUAAAGGAAUAGGAUAUGCUAUAGUUGAAGGUCUUUGUCAGAAUUUUUCCGGAGAUGUAUUCUUGACAGCUCGAGAUGAAGGUCGAGGAUUAGCUGCAGUAAAAGCUCUAAAUGAGGUAAAAGUAGAAGAGUAUGGCUCACAAACGAAAAUGGGCUAUCAUCCAAAAUUUCAUCAACUUGAUAUCACCGAUGACCAAAGUAUUAUCAAAUUCAAUAAUUAUCUUCUCCACGAAUACGGCGGAUUGGACGUAUUAAUAAAUAAUGCCGGGAUUGCUUUCAAAGUUGCAGCCACAGACCCUCUUGCAGUGCAAGCGAAAGAAACGAUUCGAGUGAAUUAUUUCGGUACCAGAAAAGUCUGCGAUGUAAUGUUUCCUAUUCUCAGACCACAUGCCAGAGUCGUGCACCUUUCUAGCACACUCAAUUACUGUCACUUGCUUAAAAUACCAUCUGAAUUAUUGAGGAAAAAAUUAUCUGCUGGCAAUCUAACCGUUGAUCAUUUAGAUGGACUGAUGUUGGAUUUUGUGAGGUCAGCUGAACAAGAUAAAGAGGUACAUCUACACUGGGCGGGAGCAAGUGCUUAUUCUGUAUCAAAAGUCGGUAUUUCUGCGUUGACCAGAAUUCAACAAAGAGAAUUUCUCAAUAAUAAACGUAUGGACAUCGUUGUGAAUUCGGUGCAUCCUGGUUACGUUGAUACUGAUAUGACUAGUCAUAAAGGAACGUUGACAAUUGCACAAGGUGCUGUGUCCUCUUUAUAUGCUGCUCUUCUUCCGGAAAACAUUACCGAACCGAAAGGAGCUCACAUUUUGCAAAAUAAAACCAUCGUUGAUUGGACUACACCUUUUUAAAAAUAAUUAUACCUACCUAUUUGUAUUUGAAUGGGCAAUUGUGAUGUCAACGUUAUUUCUAUGAACACAUUGUUUAAUAAUCAACUUAGGUUCCUAUGUGAAAUGUAUUAUUUUUAAUAAAAUGAUUUUGACCAGAAAUGAACUUUUCAAAAAGUA